AUGAUUCUGUUGUUUUACUCAUUUAUUCUUAUUAUUGAAUUCACUCUUCGACUACUUGCGAUAACUACUUGUUCCUAUAUGCAUUUCCUACUUUUUUGGCAUUUAUUCAAGCAAAGAUCAAAAAAGGUUUGGAAUCUUCCAGAAAUCGCAUUUCUCUAUGAAGGUAUUCCACUUUCUUUAACUCGAGUGAGUUUCCAACAAAAAAAUCACCAAGACUUGUUUUAAUUCCAGAUUCUCUUUCUCGUGAAAACCUACAAUACCAAAAAUAGUUUCGUAUCACUUUAUAAGCAUGUGGCAGGUUAUGAGAUUCGAUAUAUAAUUAUAACAACAGCUUUGGUGCAAUUUACAAGUGUUUUAACUUUAAAUUCCCUUUGGAGACUUCAUAAAUCUAUGAAGACUCGGUUUGCUCCAAAAAUAAUUGAUUCAAAUGUGAUUUUGACGAAUGCUCAGAUUUCCUGAAUUUAAAUUUUAGCUUUUAUUGUCAAGGAAAUUAAUUUUAAAAGAGUUUCCGAAAAAAAAUAAAAUAAAAAAUUCAAUUAAAAUUGUUCACGUUUUUCAUUCACGUCGAAUAUCCGAAAAAAUCGAUUCAUUUUUCGAUGUCAUUUUUCUACAAACUAGGGUGAGGUCUAUUAUUUUUUCUCCAUCUUCACCAAAUCCCAAAUAAUUUUUUUCCAGUACGAAUUUGUUUAGCGUACUUCAAAAAAUGUAUAUUAUUAUAACCGUAUUGCAAUAUAUCAUUAUACUUACUUUUAUCAUAUUUCAAUGUAAAAAAAGAAAAAACAAAUCGAAAGUUGCGAAAAAUCAGCCAACUCCAGUGGGAACAUCAACAAAACCAUCAACAGAAUCGCCAAAUCCAAACCCAUCUGCUACAAAUAUUUCACAAACAAAAACAAGUCGAAAAGAUGGCGAAGCUGAAGACGAAGAUGUUGUAUUUAAUAUAAACAUCAAAAAAGAAAAGAAAAAAGAGGGCGAUGAAUUUGAUGAUGAUGACGAAGAAAAUCCAUUGGUCAAAUUAUCAUUGAAAAAAAGGAAAGAAGUUGGGAAAAGUCUGAGGGGAAAUGUGAAUAAUUGUAAAAGUGGAAUUGGAAAUGGAGAACAGAAUAAUCAGCCACAAUUGAAGAUUCUGAAUGUAAAUAAUAAAACAAUGCGACAAACAAGUGUUAUGGAUAAAGAGGGAGAAUCAACGCCGAAAGAUAUUGAGCAGGAUUUAUUUGGGUCAACGGUUGCUACUUCACAAGGUGUUUCAUGUUAUGUAAGUUAUUCUAACUCUGAAAAAAAAAACAAUUUUGAACGUUAUGCUAACUACCAAUGUUUCUCUGAGUCUCCCAGAAAUAUUAUUUUGUAACUUGGAAGAAAUUGCUUUCACCAUCAGUUUCAGUUUCUCUCUCAAAACAAAUUUUAUAAAAUUUUUGAAACAGUAAUGUUUUUAAGUUUGAUUUUGCUUCAUGGAAGUUAGCGUAACUAUGAAAAACUUGGAGUGUUAGAAUUUCAAAGUCUUUAUUUGCUCUGCUGUCCAAUCUUCUAUCAAUUUUCUUCUACGUCGGAAAAAGUUAUAACAUUUUUGAAACAGUGAUUUUUUGUCAAAUAAAAUCACUCAUUUUGACUCAACUUUCAGAGAAUGCAUGCAUUUUUUGAAACAUUUUAAAGAAAAAAAUAAUUGCAGUAAUCUACAAUCUAUAUACAAACAAAAAUUUCCGAAAUUUUCAGCAAUUCGCCGUUGUCAAAAAAGACAAGCCGCCUCCACCGCCACCAAGAGGAAAAGUUCCAAAACCGUCUCUCAAACCAAUGAAACCUCAAGCUCAACCUCAACCUAUAGCCAAAACCCCAGUUAUGGCAGCAACACAAAUGAUGUCAUCAAUGGCACCAACACCCGUAGCAACUCCGAUGGCCAAAACACCCGCAAAACAAGAACCACAAAAACCAAAUUUGCCGCCUGAAAAAACACAACAACUUUCAAUGGCACCAUCGGACACGAAUCUAGUUUUCGCUGGGCCAGCACAAGUUCGACCAACUCAGCCGACAAAUUUACCGCCGCCCGCGAUGAAUAAACCAGUUGCGACUACACCAAAAAAUAAUGUGGGGGAAUCUGUGGUGCCUCAUUUGUAAGUUUUUUGUAAGGCUUUGAGCACAGUUUGUUCAGAUUUAUUUUUUUCAUUUUUCCAGAGCACAAACAGCCGAUGGAGAUAAGAAGAGGAAGAAGUUUGAUAGUUUGGAAGAUCAAGGGGAUCAGAAAAUGGUAGAAUGUGUGGAACAGCCGACAAAGAAAUCGGAGCAGUUUACGAAAAGAUGA